CGGCCGCACCAUGAGCUCCGCCUGCACCAGCUACCUGAGCGCCGACGGGGCGUCGGUGAGCGGCUUCAGCUGCCCGCGGGCGGACGGCGAGGCGAGCGCCGUGUACUGCUGCGGCUUCCAGGACGUCAAGUACUGCUGCGAUGACCCCAACAGCUUCUUCCCCUACGAGCACGGCUACAUGUGGUGGCUCAGUGUUGGUGCACUUGUGGGUCUGUCGAUAGCAGCGGUGGUCCUGCUUGCUUUUAUCAUCACAGUGUGUGUUCUCUGUUACUUGUUUAUCAGUACGAAGCCAUGCAGCAAGCUGGAUACAGGUUUAAGCUUGCAGACAACAGGCAGAGAGACUAGAGGGAGUUCCUUGUGAAAUAUAUAUAGAUGCACUGGACUGGAUUCCCA